AUGCUCUGCACCGAUAUCGUUAAGGAGAACCGCCUCUUGUACAGCGAGAUUGUCACAAUCCUUGAGAUCGUUCUGCAGCGUCUGAAAACACGACAGACACGCCCGCAUAUCGAUGCACCGGUCUUCCUCUACUCCUUCAUCAGCACCAGUGUCCGUGUGCUCGAGGGCAACUUCAAUGGAACGGAGUUGGUAGUGCGGGUUACAAAGCUAUAUGAUCUGACUGAUGAUGAUCGGAAGGGCUAUAAGCUCUCUGACCCUCUUAGGAGAUGGUGGUCUACUCAAAAGCCCACUGAGAAGUGCACUGAGAGGACCACCGAGAGGACCACCGAGAGGACCACCGAGAGGACCACCGAGAGGACCACCGAGAGGACCACCGAGAGGACCACCGAGAGGACCACCGAGAGGACCACCGAGAGGACCACCGAGAGGACCACCGAGAGGACCACCGAGAGGACCACCGAGAGGACCACCGAGAGGACCACCGAGAGGACCACCGAGAGGACCACCGAGAGGACCACCGAGAGGACCACCGAGAGGACCACCGAGAGGACCACCGAGAAGACUACUGAGAAGCCCACUGAGAAGCCCACUGUAUUCAAUAGCCUACUAACUAACAAUGGGCUUGAGGCUUGGGGUUCCGGGGUGCGCGUCUUGGUUCUGGUUAAGCGAUAUCUGGUCGGGUCUGUAUGGCGUUUUUUGGAGGGAAUUUCAGCGUGGCUGGAUUCUGGAUUUUAG